AUGAAGACCGACGAUGCAACAGAUACAACAGCUACAGCUGAGGAUGUACAACCAAACCCAAAAGCUAACUUAUCUGAGAAGCGGAAGGCUCUCUUUGAGCCUCUCGAGCCGAUCAACGGCAAGCGCAGUGCUGAAAUGCUGCUUCCACCACCAGACUUUGAGCCCAUCAUAUCCAAAGGGAUGGCUGCUGAAAAUCCUGAAAUGUUAGCUUCUGCUUUUAUCUGCGAUAAAGAGUAUCAUGCUUGUGUGCCGCCUAAGGACCGUGAGAUCAAUGGACUGAACGAGCAGUUAGAGGAAGACUCCCGUGUGCUGGAGCUUCUACAGAAGCAGCUUGCCGAUGAGCGCAAGAAGCGGGCAGAGAUUGAGAAGGAAAAUUCUAUGCUUCAUGAGCAGGUGACCAUGCUGAUGAACAUGCUGGACGAAAAUGAGGGUUUUGAUGAGGACGGAGAAGCUCCGCAGCCCGAUUCCUUUGAUUAA